GCCAGUAUCAAUCGAUCAGCGAGAGGAAGAUGGCGGCGGACUAAGUCUGAGAAGAUAGAUCGAUCACCGAAUCCGUCGAUCGGACAAAACAAAACGGAGUGUGGGAAGUCUUUUUAAAACAUUACGCGAACAACUGGUGGGAGCGCGUUAUCCGACCACGGGGUUAUUUACAGAGGAGGCCGACUGAGACACCCACAGCCCCUGCUGGCCCCUCCAUUCCCCUGGUUUCACAAUGGACUUCCCCUGGCACAGCAGCAAGGUAUUGGAGGAACUGAACCACCAACGCCAGCUGGGUCUGCUGUGCGACUGCACCUUUGUUGUAGAUGGAGUGGACUUUAAAGCACACAAGGCUGUGCUGGCAGCCUGCAGUGCCUACUUCCGCACCCUCUUCCUGGACCAGAAGGAUGUGGUGCAUCUUGACAUCAGCAAUGCUGCAGGCCUGGAACAGGUGCUGGAGUUCAUGUACACAGCAAAGCUGUGCCUGGGCCCUCAGAACGUGGAGGACGUGCUAGCCGUAGCCACCUUCCUGCAGAUGCAGGAGAUUAUGAAUGCCUGUUCAGCCUACCACUCUCUCACCUACACCAGGGAAGGCAGCACCGAACUGCCUUCCAAGGCAGAGAGAGCCAUGGAGGCAGAGGUGCUGGAGGAAAGGCCACAAAAAGAAGAGAUGGCUGCCUCGCACCAUGAUGUGGGACAGCAGCAAGUCGAGGAUGAAAGCUCUGAGGACUGUGGUGCUUCCAAAGACGAGUCAGUCUCCACAUUGCAGGCAACUCCGAAGGCUGUGGAGAAGAAGUCCACAGUGCCACAGGAAAUGCCCGCUGAAGCUCCGUCACCCCGAAAAUCAGUAAGAGGUUCCCGGCCCUCUGCUUGCAGGGCAGGUGAUGCAGAAGAAGAGGGCAAAGAUGCUCCUGAGUUCCAGGAUGACCCUUCAGAUGCUGACUACACACCCAAGGUGUCUGUCAAGUCCAGUAUGGGAAGGACUUGCAUAAGCACCCGGCGUAGGAGAGCUAGAAGUUCUGCUCGACACACUACAGCACAAGACUCAGAGGGAAGUGAAGGCAGCAAGUCCAAGCAAGAGAACGAAGAGGACGAAGAGGAAGAACCAGGGAAUGAAGGAGAGGAGGACAGGGAUGAGGGGGGAGAGCCUGAGAUGGAAUAUGCACAGACAGAAGAGGGCAACGGAGAAGGAAAGCAGCUGCGGCCGGGAGCGUUUACUGACCGCAGUGAAUCUCGAGCGUAUGGCUCUGUGAUACACAAGUGUGAGGACUGUGGUAAGAAGUUCACACACACUGGCAACUUCAAGAGGCAUAUCCGAAUCCAUACGGGUGAGAAGCCCUUCAGCUGCAGAGACUGCCACAAGGCCUUCUCCGAUCCGGCAGCUUGCAAGGCCCAUGAGAAGACGCACAGCCCAGUGAAGCCGUACAGCUGCAUCACCUGUGGAAAGAGCUACCGGCAGAUAAGCCUGCUGAAUCUGCACCGCAAGCGGCACACAGGCGAGGCUCGCUACAGCUGUGAGGACUGCGGCAAACUCUUCACCACGUCGGGCAACCUGAAGCGCCACCAGCUGGUGCACAGUGGCGAGAAGCCAUACCACUGUGACUACUGCGAGCGCGCAUUCUCAGACCCCACCGCCAAGAUGCGUCACCUGGAGACACACGACACCGACAAGGGCCACCGGUGUCCGCACUGUGACAAGCGCUUCAACCAGGUGGGGAAUUUGAAGGCGCACCUUAAGAUUCACAUUGCAGAUGGACCGCUGAAGUGCAAAGAGUGUGGCAAGCAGUUCACCACCUCAGGUAACCUGAAGCGACACCUGCGUGUGCACAGUGGUGAAAAACCUUAUGUGUGCAUGCACUGCCAGAGAGCCUUUGCUGACCCAGGGGCGCUGCAGAGACACGUGCGCAUUCACACAGGAGAGAAGCCUUGCCAGUGUGUGAUCUGUGGAAAGGGGUUCACCCAAGCUAGUUCUCUCAUCGCCCAUGUCCGUCAGCACACUGGAGAGAAACCGUAUGUCUGUGACCGCUGUGGUAAGAGGUUCGUCCAGUCAAGCCAGCUGGCCAACCACAUCCGUCAUCAUGACAACAUUCGGCCUCACAAGUGUCAUGUGUGCAACAAAGCCUUCGUCAAUGUUGGUGACCUCUCAAAGCACAUCAUCAUCCACACAGGAGAGAAGCCCUUUCUGUGUGACAAAUGUGGGAGGGGAUUUAACCGUGUGGACAACCUGCGCUCUCAUGUGAAGACUGUGCAUCAGGGCAAGGCAGGCAUGAAGCGGCUGGUGGUGGCCGGAGGCGAGAGUGAGAAUGGCGAGGUGGGGGAGGACAAACUGCACCCCGCCUCCGCUGCAGCCACAGAGCUGGACGACGGAGAGGUCAACAUUGUUACUGUGACCACAGAUGAUAUCGUCACCCUUACAACGGAGGCCCUGGCUGCUAGCACCGUCGCUCAGCUGACAGUGGUGCCUGUAGCUGCAUCUGUGUCAGUAGAUGAGACUGAGGCUCUGAAAGCAGAGAUUACCAAAGCUGUGGAGAGGGUGCAGGAAGCAGAUCCCAACACGCAGAUCCUAUAUGCGUGCGAUUCCUGCGGGGAGAAGUUCAUGGAUGCCAGUUCCCUGGCACAACACGUGCGGAUCCACACGGCACAGGCACUCGUCAUGUUCCAGGCCGACUCUGACUUCUACCAGCAGUACGGAUGCACUGGUGCAUGGCAGGCUGCUGAACAGGUGCUUCAGGGUGGCCAACUCCUCUUCCGCACCCGGGAUGGCGAGGCAGAGCAGGAGGUGGCGGAUGGGGGUGUGGAGGAGGCCCAUGUUCGGUGCCAGACACAGACUGGCGAGGGUGAGGCCAUCACAGGUGUGGAGCCGGAGGUACUGGCCGAAGCAGACCCUGUGGAAAUGCAGUGUGACAACCAGGUGGAGUGACCUAGGCUUUGGCACAAGUAUCUGCCUAAAAUGGAGUACAUCAGUAGGAGGGGGGCUGACAUGAAAGUUUACUGGGGAAAGAGAUCUGCGUCCUAGUAUAUCUACAUUAUUUAAUCUAUGUAAAGUUAUAGAUCAUAAUUAAAUAUGAAUCCAUUCCACAA